UCGAGUGCACCAUGAGCUCCGCCAACGAGAACCAACAACGCGGAGAGGAGACGGCUGCAGCCCGCAACGAGCCCCGCGCCCCUGAGCAUUUCGCCAAGUUCUUCGAGUGCUGGCUCGCCGAGCAAGAACGCGACCUGCAAGUCCUCCGUACCGCAGCCGCUUCCGCCGGCGAGGAGCUCCGGCUUCGACCCCUCGUUGACCGGGUCCUCGGCCACUACGAGUACUACUACUGCGCCAAGGCCGCCUCCGUCCGCCGCGACGUGCUCCCCAUGUUCAACCCCACGUGGACGUCCUCCACGGAGAACCUCUUCCUUUGGGCCGGCGGCUGGCGGCCCACCAUGGCUUUCCACCUCCUCUACUCCAAGUCCGGCCUCCAGUUCGAGCCCCGGCUUCUCGAGCUGAUCGUCGGCAACCCCACGCGCGACCUGGCCGACCUAAGCCCCGACCAGCUGGAGCGCAUCGAUGGGCUCCACCGGCUGACGGUGCGGCUGGAGAAGGAGAUAUCUGAAGAGGAGGCGCAGGUGCAGGAGUCGGUGGCGGACGCACGGAUGGUGGAGCUGACGCAUGCGUUGGCGGAGUCAGAGGAGGUAGAAGCCGAUUCCAUGGAGCAGGAGAUGAAGAGGAAACGGGACAGGAUGAACGAGGUGUUGCAGAGGGCGGAUCAGCUGAGGCUGGAGACGCUGAAGGGGCUGGUGGAGAUACUGAAGCCGGUGCAGGCGGUGCAUUUCUUGAUCGCGGCUGCGGAGCUUCACCUCAAAGUGCACGAGUUUGGGAAGAGCAAAGACGCUGCCGCUGCCGCUGCCGCUGCCGCUACUGGCCGACCAGAGUAAGGCUGGUGUUUAACCGCAUCUUGUAUCUGUUUUAAGUUGAGCAUAAAGCACACUAACUACUACCACUUGUGACAUGUACUUAUGCUUAGUUAGCAUGUAGAACAUUAGCAUUAUAUCCUAAUCCAAUGGAUCCCGUCGGACCCGUUUAUAAUCCGAUCAUGUCCCGGACUCGAGUGCGACAAAUCAUGCACAUAGGCACGUCGAUCGCGAUCCCUCUCCGCGCAUGCACCGUCUCUGCGAAUCGCUACAAGGAAGCUCCCAUCCGUCCCAGAUGCACGCAUCGUUAAAGCCCAUCGAGGCCGUCCAUCACCCAUGGCCACCCGUCACGAUCAACUACAUAUGUCGGCCGGUACACGUUCGUCCCCAUCCCCCACCUCCACCGCCACUGCCGCCGCGCAACUCGCCGCCCAUGUCCUCUCUGGUUCCAUAAAUAACAGAACCCGGCUUCGCCUUCUUUAUCUCUUCAACGGCACCGUCUCUCCGAAACCGUUUCGCCAUCGUCCACCGAUGUCUUUGCGCAGCGACUACGAACAACCCCAAACCCUAGCGGCGUUCUCUCCUCGAUCCGUCACCUACUGCUGCGGAUCUUGUGGGUACGCGUUGAAUCUGAGCUCUUCCGAUCGGGACACCGCCAACAUCGGUUCCAAGUACAGGAAAUCCGCCAAGAAGGGCAUCGUUUCCUUCGUUGCCGUGGACGAGAGCCGGUUCUCGCAGGUCGAGGAGCUCCGUUGCUGGCCCUACUUCGAGUCGAGGCAUUCGUGGGGGUUGCUGAGGAGGAAGACCAAGUUGUCCUGUCGAAAGUGCAAGAACUUCGUUGGCGUCGGACAUUACGACGGCGCCUCCACACAGGCUGGGUCCGAUAGCUCCGUCUCGGGUUCCGGGAACGGCGAGGCGCCGAAGAAGUACUUCAUCAAGAUUAGCGCGCUGCAGCCGCUGGCGUGCGAUGACUGAGGCGUUCCUCUCUCCAGGUGAUGUUUGCUGCCAUGCCGACAUCGGACUCGCUCCUUGAUUUCGUGCAUAUGCUUGUGUGAGAAAGAAGGUGUCAUAUGUCAGGAUCCGGAACACGGUUGUACAAGAUAAUUGGACCCAAAAAAAUGAUGCCUUUGAUCUGUUUGUAGUUUUGCCUCUAAGAGUAAAGCGUGUAAUGUGUGAAUAAGAUGGUACCGAACGAAAGUUGUUGGUGA